AUAGGUUGUUUAAGGUGGAUCCAAGAACCACAGGCUCAGACAAACUACUUUUGUAUCAUUUUUGGAUCUGGAAUUAAACGUGAGCCCCAUUACCGGAAACAGCUUGGGCCCCAAUCUCCUUGUUGGUGAAGAGAAGAGCCUGAGGACUGUUUUUUGACGUUUCCUGAGAUUAAGGGAUGCCUCAGUGAGGACUUGGCCAUGUGAGUCCGUCUGCAGUCAUAUAUUUCGUAACACGGGGACUGCGGGAACAUUUUUGAGUUUCCUGAGGCCUAAAGGAAACUCUGGGCUGAUUUCUGGAACAGAGCGCCUCCCCAGGCUUUCACAGGUGGUGAUCUUGUACACUCAGCGCCAUUUUGUCAGACGCCUAGAAGGGUGGUCGCCUCGCUGUUACAGUUGAGGUAAGAAUUUCAGGCUUGCUCUGAAACCUUCAUGGACAGAAAGAUCCUAAAUAAUAGUGCUUCACCCCUUUAGUCUGCUUAGCUCCCAGUCAGGUAACUUUUUGUCAACUAACUCCGUACUCCUGGAUUCUAGAGAUGGUCGAAAGUCACUGUAAACUUUCCCUGAGGAAAAGCGAUGGAAUAGUUGGCCAUUUCAAACAGGUAGCUAAGACUAGACUGUGAAAACAGUGGUUGGACCAAAGUCACCCAGAUCAUAUGGUGUUAAGAAUACAACCUCACCAAAUUGGGACAGCUGCGAGGGAAUGAGCGCCUAAUCUACUUGUCCAGGACUGUCCUUGGGCACCAUUUCCAGUGUUCCCAGAAAUGCGUGACGGUGUGACAUUUUUAUUCUGAUGCAAAGUGGAUGUGUAGGUUAUUUAAGCUGGAUCCAAGGACCACAGGCCCCGACAAAUGAGGUAGAUGUUUGUCGUUUUGGGGUCCUGAAGCAAACGGAGCCCAAUUCUCGAAAGACUAUUGUUCUGGUUUCCAUGGCCGAGGAGUCCGCAGGCUGAGGGCCUUUUGCUGAGGUCCAUUGAGUUUCAAAGAUGCCUCGGUGCUGACCUGGUAGUGUAUGAGACACUCCACAGUCAUCUAUAUCUAUCGACAUAGGGGGCUGCGAGAACAUUUUUGAGUUUCCUGAGUUUAAAGGAACCUCGGUGCUGACUUGUGGUAUAGAGCGCCUCCCCAGGCUUUCAUAUCCGGAGACUUUGUGGACUCGGCGCCAUUUAGUGAGAUGCCUGGAAGGGAGGUCGCUUCUCUCUGCCAGUUGGUGUAAGAAUUUCAGGCUCACUCGGUACCUUUCAGGAGAGAAGCUUCCCCAAAUAAUACAGCUGCAUCUCUUUGGCCUCCCUAACCCCCAGUUGAGUAAGCUUGUGGGAAUGAACUCCUUACUUCGGGUUUCUGGAGACUGUCUUUUCCUUUUUCUAACAUUCCCGGAGGAAUUCAGGUGGAAUCUCGAGAUGAGUGAAACGAGUAGCUUUGAACGGAUUGUGGAAACAUUGUUUUUUUGUUUUUUUUUUUUAAGGGAACCACGAAUGCUAAUGUUUUAAUGAUGUAACCUGCACCAAACAGGGGCAUGCUCGUGGGAAUGAGAUUCCUCUGAGACUCUUUGGUGCUAUUUCAGAGGUACUCACAGAUGCAGGAUCAGGUGACAUUUUCCUUGUGAAGUUUACAUGGGGAGUAAACGUUAGUGGGUUUCUGAAGCUGGAUCCAGGAUCCAUAGGACCAGAGAAUUAAGUUAGAUUUGUAUUCAUUUGGGGUCUUGACGCAAACAGGCACUACUUAUUGGAAAGAGCUGGACCUUCAGUUCUGUUAUCAGUGAACUCUGAAACCUGAAUUCCAUUUUGUGAGAUUUUGUUGAGUUUAAAGAGUGCUUCAGUGCUGACUUUAGCUAAUGAGACAGAUAUCUACACCCAUCUAAUUGUGGUGACACCGGGAAUUUGGGGAUGUAUUCUGAGGUUCUUUAAUUUUAUGAAAAUUUCUGUGCUGACUUUUGAGAUAGAGUGAUUGUCCAGUCCUAAACAUCUGGUGACUUUGUGGAUGCAGCACCAUAUUGUGAGACAGCUGGAUUGUUGGUGGCCUCGCUGUGCCUUUCCAGUUGAGGAAGGUGAGCCUAUCCACUGAAGGAUAUCAGAGCAGCAGUUGGAGUAUCAGAAAAUUAUCAGAAGAGGUGUCCAGCAUUUGUAAGCAGUCUAGGUCUCAAGGAACUGAGAUCCUGGGAAGGGGGAGUUUGACUGGAGAUAUCAGAGUGAAUAUCUCAAGAGGGCAAGGACUGAAGGUCUGUGUCCUCCUUGUUCUGAUUAGGACAGUAUCCAGCCUGUCUGUACCAAGGAAAACCACAAUGGAUGAUGCCCAUAACAUCCAAUACAGCAACCUCCAAGACAAUGCUCAGGCCGAACAGGAGUUGGACAAUGCCCAGGCUACCAUGGCUGCAGCAGAGGAGGAAGAAGCCACCUCCACCUCAAAGGCCGAGUAUGGUAGUGGAAUACCAAGUCCUCUCCAGAGUCCUGAGAGAGCCUGCUCUCCCUCUGUGGCACUGGCCUCCAUUCCUGUAGGCCCAUCUGAGGAGGCUUCCAUCAGACAAUUAGAGGCGCUGGAAGACCCACUCUAUUUGUUGCACAAUGCACAGAACGUAAAGGUGUAUGAUUUGGUGGACUUUCUGCUUUUCAAAUAUCAAACGAAGGCAUUCACUACCAAAGCAGAAAUGCUGGAAACCAUUGGUAGAGAGUAUGAUGAAUAUUAUCCUCUGAUCUUUAGUGAGGCCUCUGAGUGCAUGAAGCUGGUCUUUGGCCUUGACAUAGUAGAAGUGGACCCUUCUGUCCAUUCCUAUGUCCUUGUCACUGCCCUGGGCAUCACCUAUGAUGGGAUGCUGACUGAUGUCCAGGGUAUGCCCAAGACAGGUGUCCUCAUAGUUGUACUGGGUGUCAUUUUUAUGAAGGGAAACUAUGUCAGUGAGGACAUUAUCUGGGAAAUGCUGAAUAAUAUAGGGUUGUGUGGUGGGAUGGAUCCUUACAUACAUAGAGACCCCAGGAAGCUCAUCUCUGAGGAGUUUGUCCAGGAAGGGUACCUGGAAUACAGACAGGUGCCUAACAGUGAUCCUCCUAGCCAUGUGUUCCUGUGGGGCCCAAGGGCCUUUGCAGAAACCACCAAAUUGAAAGUCUUGCAGUUUUUUGCUAGCAUUACUAAGACUCAUCCCAGAGCAUACCCUGAAAAAUAUGCAGAAGCUCUGAGAGAUGAGAUAGACAGGGUCGAGGCCUGGAUCUUCAGCAGAUGCUUCGACAUCUCUGAUCUGGGCACUGUCUACUGGAUUGUUGGUGGCCUCGCUGUGCCUUUCCAGUUGAGGAAGGUGAGCCUAUCCACUGAAGGAUAUCAGAGCAGCAGUUGGAGUAUCAGAAAAUUAUCAGAAGAGGUGUCCAGCAUUUGUAAGCAGUCUAGGUCUCAAGGAACUGAGAUCCUGGGAAGGGGGAGUUUGACUGGAGAUAUCAGAGUGAAUAUCUCAAGAGGGCAAGGACUGAAGGUCUGUGUCCUCCUUGUUCUGAUUAGGACAGUAUCCAGCCUGUCUGUACCAAGGAAAACCACAAUGGAUGAUGCCCAUAACAUCCAAUACAGCAACCUCCAAGACAAUGCUCAGGCCGAACAGGAGUUGGACAAUGCCCAGGCUACCAUGGCUGCAGCAGAGGAGGAAGAAGCCACCUCCACCUCAAAGGCCGAGUAUGGUAGUGGAAUACCAAGUCCUCUCCAGAGUCCUGAGAGAGCCUGCUCUCCCUCUGUGGCACUGGCCUCCAUUCCUGUAGGCCCAUCUGAGGAGGCUUCCAUCAGACAAUUAGAGGCGCUGGAAGACCCACUCUAUUUGUUGCACAAUGCACAGAACGUAAAGGUGUAUGAUUUGGUGGACUUUCUGCUUUUCAAAUAUCAAACGAAGGCAUUCACUACCAAAGCAGAAAUGCUGGAAACCAUUGGUAGAGAGUAUGAUGAAUAUUAUCCUCUGAUCUUUAGUGAGGCCUCUGAGUGCAUGAAGCUGGUCUUUGGCCUUGACAUAGUAGAAGUGGACCCUUCUGUCCAUUCCUAUGUCCUUGUCACUGCCCUGGGCAUCACCUAUGAUGGGAUGCUGACUGAUGUCCAGGGUAUGCCCAAGACAGGUGUCCUCAUAGUUGUACUGGGUGUCAUUUUUAUGAAGGGAAACUAUGUCAGUGAGGACAUUAUCUGGGAAAUGCUGAAUAAUAUAGGGUUGUGUGGUGGGAUGGAUCCUUACAUACAUAGAGACCCCAGGAAGCUCAUCUCUGAGGAGUUUGUCCAGGAAGGGUACCUGGAAUACAGACAGGUGCCUAACAGUGAUCCUCCUAGCCAUGUGUUCCUGUGGGGCCCAAGGGCCUUUGCAGAAACCACCAAAUUGAAAGUCUUGCAGUUUUUUGCUAGCAUUACUAAGACUCAUCCCAGAGCAUACCCUGAAAAAUAUGCAGAAGCUCUGAGAGAUGAGAUAGACAGGGUCGAGGCCUGGAUCUUCAGCAGAUGCUUCGACAUCUCUGAUCUGGGCACUGUCUAGUGCACUGGCAAUUCAUAUCUAACAUCAGGUCAGACAGAGUAGUCACUGAUCCAGCUAUUGUACCCUCAACUGGGAGCUGGUGGGAGGAGAGCAUAAAGCUUUCUAUGUUUAUUCUAUUUGGGUGACUUUAGGAUUCUUGGCAUUUCAAAAUGUUAAUACUCUUAUUAUAAGUUGCAUUAUGUUCAAGUUUAAUCUUUUUGCAAUGCAUGCAUUCUUGUUUUCCAGAUUUGAAACUGCAUGAGGAUGACUUCUGUCUGUCUUUGUAAAAUGUCCCAACCUACUAGUACACUGAAAUUGGAAUUAAGUUGGUAAUGGAAAAAAU